UUUUAUAAGUAUUUCAACAAAAUCAGGUUGAUACUUGUAAAAUGAAGAUUCAUUUUGGUCCCUCACAAAUUUUUUACGGGACAAUUUAGUCUCACAAAACUAAAACCUAAAUUAGUCCGUAAUAUUUUCAUACUUGGGGCAAACUAGUCCCUGAUUUAUCAUAGCAGAGGGACUAAUUUGUCCUUGAUACGAAGAUGUCAAGGACUAAUUUUGGCUUUUAUUUUUGUCAGAGACUAAAUUGUCCCAUCAGAAAUUUGUGAAGGACUAAAAUGAAUCUUCACUCAUACUUGUAAAACUUGGGAUUUGAAUUGUCUAUCAUAGAAAAAGCGCGCGGUUUCACGUUGUUUCGAAUACCGGACGUCAAUUUGUGAUCGUUCGUCUUAGAUUAAGUAUAGGAAAAAUAACCACUAAAAGAUCUCAUUUGUCAGUAUGUGAUCAGACGGUUCAAAUGCAUUACUGCAUCACGCGGUAACUGUACCAAAUCCAAAUCCUAAAACUUGCCACCAAUAUAAAUAUACCCUAUGAAAAAAGAAAAGAUUAUUAAAUAUUCAUAACAUAGGUGUAUCCUAUCCUAUGUGAUUAUGUGGUACACUGGUAUGUAAGCAGCAUAUAUAUUACUAACUUGCAAUUCCUAUCUUUGCCAGAAUUAUAGCUAAUUGGUCACUGGAGCACACAACUACCAAAUAAUCAAUUAGCUCCAGAUCACAAAUCUAGCUAUGGCUCGUGAACAACUAGGAGUUCUUUCUGCUCUUGAUGCAGCAAAAGUACAAUGGUACCAUUUCACAGCCAUCAUAGUUGCUGGUAUGGGAUUCUUCACUGAUGCAUAUGACCUUUUCUGCAUACCAAAUGUUACCAAAUUACUUGGAAGAAUAUACUAUACACACCCAGGUUCACCAAAACCAGGAACUUUGCCUCCAAAUGUAUCAGCAGCAGUAAAUGGUGUUGCACUUUGUGGGACUCUUGCAGGCCAACUUUUCUUUGGUUGGCUUGGGGACAAAAUGGGAAGAAAAAAAGUUUAUGGUCUAACUCUUGCUCUUAUGGUAUUUUCUUCUCUUGCUUCUGGCCUUUCUUUUGGUCAUUCAGCAAAGGGUACAAUUUCAACUCUUUGUUUCUUUAGAUUUUGGCUUGGUUUUGGUAUUGGUGGUGAUUACCCUCUAUCAGCUACAAUCAUGUCUGAAUAUGCUAACAAAAAGACUCGUGGCGCGUUUAUAGCUUCGGUUUUCGCUAUGCAAGGGUUUGGAAUUUUGGCUGGUGGAAUUGUUUCUCUUGUUGUUUCAACUGCUUUUGAUCAUGCUUAUAAGGCUCCACCUUAUAAGAUUGAUCCUGUAGGAUCACUUGUACCAGAAGCUGAUUAUGUUUGGAGAAUCAUUCUCAUGUUUGGUGCUGUUCCUGCUGCUUUGACUUACUAUUGGCGUAUGAAAAUGCCCGAGACAGCAAGGUACACCGCACUUGUUGCUAAGAAUGCAAAACAAGCGGCGCAAGACAUGUCAAAUGUGUUACAAGUUGACAUUGAAGCUGAACAAGAGAAAGUAGACAACAUAACCGUGAGAGACCAGAACAACUUUGGCUUGUUUAGUAAGCAAUUUCUUAAACGACACGGUCUUCAUCUGCUUGGAACAACUUCCACUUGGUUUCUUCUCGAUAUUGCUUACUACAGUUCGAAUCUUUUUCAAAAAGAUAUUUAUAGUAGUAUCGGUUGGCUUCCACCGGCCGUAGAUAUGAAUGCGAUUCACGAAGUUUUCAAGGUUGCUAGAGCGACAACGCUUAUAGCACUUUGUGGAACUGUUCCAGGAUACUGGUUCACCGUGGCUUUUAUUGACGUUGUUGGUCGUUUCGCAAUUCAAUUAAUGGGAUUCUUCUUUAUGACCGUAUUCAUGUUUGCGCUCGCACUUCCGUAUGAUCAUUGGACUAAGAAAGAAAACAGAGUUGGGUUUCUUGUUAUGUACGCAUUAACAUUUUUCUUUGCAAAUUUUGGUCCAAAUUCAACUACUUUUGUUGUGCCUGCCGAGAUAUUUCCGGCUAGGUUGAGGUCAACGUGUCACGGUAUAUCUUCGGCAGCAGGGAAAGCUGGAGCAAUUAUAGGUGCAUUUGGAUUCUUGUAUGCUUCACAAAGUAAGGAUCCAAAAAAGAGAGAUGCAGGGUACCCCGCUGGUAUUGGAAUGAAGAACACACUUAUUGUUCUUGCUGUGGUUAAUUGUCUUGGUAUCUUUUGCACGUUUCUUGUGCCGGAAGCUAACGGAAAAUCCUUGGAAGAGAUGAGUGGAGAGAAUGAAGAAGAUGAAGGUGAUGAUGCUUUUGUUGUUGAUCCACAAGUCUCUUCUAAUAGGACUGUUCCAGUUUGAUGUAUUACGUACCAUUACUAAUGUUUUUAGUUUACAAGAAUUUCAACUUGUUAAGUAUGUUUAAUGUUUUAAAUCAAUAGUAAUUAAAGUAUAGAGUAUUAAAAAAAAUGCACAAAAGGUCAUAUAUCCAUAGCGUGCAAAAUGUGUGUAGUAUACUGUAUAAGAUAUAGUUUGGUUUAUCAUAUAUCACAUAUUCUUAGGAUAGCCUAUUGGUGAGAUUUUAGUUUGUUAUUCAACUUACAGUUCAAUUCAAUCUUAAAGAUUUACUCGA